AUGGUGCACCGGAACCUGCGCUUCAACAAACCCGCGGCACAGAUGAAUUGCGGCGCGCUCAUGCUCGCCAUGAGCGGUCUGCUAUUCCCCAACCUGCUCCACGCGACGGGCACGGAGCUCCACGAGAACGACUCGGAGCUCGCGCUCUCGCGCCUCGCCGCCGUGCUCAUGCUGGUCGCCUACUUCGCCUACAUCUACUUCCAGCUCUUCACGCAUAAAGACCUAUUUGAGGGCGGCGCGGACGGCGACGGCGGCGCGGACGGGGACGCGGAAGGGGGAGGAGGAGGAGGCGGAGGAGGAGGAGGAGGAGCAUUCGGUGCUGGGGUUCUGGGGCGGGGUGAGUGGAACGUGCCUGUAUCGGGGCUGUGCGUGGUGGUGCUGCCGCUCGUUAACAACGUGACUGAGCACACAUCGGCAAUCCUCUUCGGAAUCCGCAACAAGCUCGACGUGUCCCUCUCCAUCGCGGUCGGCUCGUCUAUCCAGCUCGCCAUGUUUCUCAUCCCGCUCGCCGUGAUCGGCGGGUGGAUCAUCGACGUGCCCAUGGACCUCAACUUCCACCGCUUUGAGACCUGCACGCUCUUCAUCACCGUCCUCGCCACCGUGCUCACGCUGCAUGAGGGCUCGGCGAAUUGGCUCAAGGGCUUCAUGUUCGUGCUCAUGUAUCUCAUUCUUGCGGCGACGUUUUUCAACCAUAAAGAGGAUUAUUUGGAGCCGCAGGCUGGAGUUGCAGCAGCAGCAGCAGCAGCAGCUGGUGCGCAGGCCGUGGUGCCGCCAGCGGUUUUGUAA